UAUAUGUAAAGUGAGAGAGAGAAGCAAACUGCGUUACUGGCUUUAUAUUGGUUUUCACUUUUCAGAGUAGAACACAUAUUGGGGGAGUGUCUGGUGAUUAAAUUGGGAGCAAAAAAUGUGGAUUUUUGGAAUAAAAGGGCCAUCUGGGUUCUCAGCCAGUUCCACAGCCGAGCAAGUUACCCAAGGAAUUGAUGCAACUGGCCUCACUGCCAUCGUCACAGGGGCAUCGAGUGGUAUUGGCACAGAAACUACGCGUGUCCUUGCAUUGCGUGGUGUACAUGUACUUAUGGCAGUAAGAAAUAUAGAUGCUGGGAGAAAAGUCAAAGAAGCUAUUCUUAAGGAAAAGCCCGAUGCUAAGAUUGAUAUUAUGGAGCUAGAUCUUGGCUCAAUGGCAUCUGUAAGGAAAUUUGCUUCAGAAUAUGAGUCCUCGGGCCUUCCUCUCAACCUCCUAAUAAACAAUGCAGGGGUUAUGGCUCCUCCUUUCAUGCUUUCCCAAGAUAACAUAGAACUGCAGUUUGCAACUAACCAUUUAGGUCAUUUUCUUUUAACAAAUCUCUUGUUGAAGAUCAUGAAAACUACGGCACAUGAAAGCCAGAAAGAAGGAAGGAUUGUUAAUGUCUCAUCAGAUGGUCAUUGGUUUGCCUACCGUGAAGGAAUUCGUUUUGACAAAAUAAAUGAUGAGUCCAGUUACAACAGCUUAUAUGCCUAUGGACAGUCAAAGCUGGCUAACAUAUUGCACGCUAAUGAGCUGGCAAAGCGCUUAAAGGAAGAAGGGGUUGAGAUAACUGCUAACUCGCUUCAUCCAGGAUCCAUUGCCACCAACCUUACGCGUCACCACAGCUUUGUUGAUGGCAUACUCAAUUUGGUUGGUAAAUAUUUCUUGAAAAAUAUUCCACAGGGAGCUGCAACCACGUGCUACGUGGCAUUGCAUCCACAAGUUAAGGGUGCUACAGGGCAGUACUUCUCUGACAGUAAUAUAGGCAAGACGAGUGCCACGGCUAAAAAUGCAGAACUGGCAAGAAAUUUGUGGGAAUCCAGCAUGAGCUUGACAGGUCCAAACUGAUAGCUUCCUUGAGUUGAUUCUGUAAUGCAUUUGUCCUAAACUUUCAAGGUUAUGAUACAGCAGAUGUAAUGGUACUUUAAUAACCAGAAAAUUGUCUAUUCUGUCACCUUGUUGGUUUGAAUAUAGCUAAGUAUAUGGUCUAGUGUA